AUGUCUCCACAAUGCCGCAUCCUCCCCGCAACAGAAAAUGACUGCCACGACCUAGCCAGAGUAGAAGCAAUCGCCUUAACAAAUAUCAACACGGAGCCCCAAGAAAACUCCCUCUGGCGCAUCACAUUCGGUCUCCCAACAGAAGAAGGCAUCUCCUUUCGCGCCAAGAACUUUACCGAUCUAUUAAAGAAUAACUCUGGUACCAAGUUCUGGAAAGUGGUGGUACCAGAUGAAAACGAAGGCGAGAAGAUAGUCGCGUGCGCGCUUUGGAGCUUCUUUCAUCAACCUGAGUAUAUUCCUGACUGGAAGGAUAUCGAGUGGCCUGUUACUGCGAAUGCGGAGGCUUGUAAUGAGCUCAUUGGGGAAUUGAAUAUGUUGAAGAAGAGGCAUAUGGAUGGAAUGUGCUAUGGCUAUCUGAAGACACUUUGCACUCUUCCUGAGUAUAGAGGUCGUGGGAUUGCUUCGGCACUUCUCAAGCUUGGGCUUGAGGAGGGGGUUAAGGAGGGGUUGAAGCUGUUCUGGCUUCAUGGGUCUCCUGAUGGUCAGCCACUUUAUCGGAAAUUUGGAUUUGAGGAUGUGGAGGCUAUGCAGAGGGAUAUUUCCAAAUAUGGUGGUGUUGGGAAGACGAAUACUGUUGGCAUGAGAAAGGUAGUUGAGUGA